UCAAUGUUGGAACGAUCCAACAUAUGAAUACUAUCUUAUUGUAUAGUGCAUGCCACAUUAUAAUGAGAACGUUUGAGAUUUGUAUUUUUUGUGUAUUCUUGGCGCUGGUCUUCCGUUCAAAACCAUCUGAGGCAGAACUAUUGAAUGAAGACGAUGUUUUGAUGAAAAAUAUAUCAGAACUUCAUUUCCAACUGUUUUCUUCCAUUCAAAAGAAAACAAAGAUGAUAAAGACUGCUGUCUUUGAGACACAGUGCAGUGGGACAGGCUGUACGUUCAAUGGUUGCGAGUCUAGUGGAUCCGAAACCUGUGAUGGACAGAUGUUCACAAAGUUGAACAAAAUCCAAUUAAGUAUCAACGAUAUUUGGAAAAGAAAACCAGAAGUGAUUGUUUGUAAAGAUGGAUGGAAACGUUACAACGGUCAUUGCUACCAUUUCUUCAGCAAAAAAAUGAACUGGUUUCAAGCACAGGUUUUUUGCAGAAACCAAAACACAACACUGGUUCAAAUCAAUGAUGCAAAUGAACAUAACUGGCUCACAAAGAAUUUUCCAAUUGUUGCAUACUGGAUUGAUUUUACUGACAUUGGUACGGAGGGGAAAUGGGUGACAUUAUCAACAGGCAAAAGUGAGUACACAAGAUGGCAAAGUGGACAACCCGAUAAUUACCGUGGUAAUCAAAACUGUGCCUAUAAUAUGAAAGGAUCCUGGGACGAUCAUAGCUGCAAGUCUACAUAUCAAGUCUUGUGUGAAGCAUCAGGUACGUUGUGAUGUGAUUGAUAAUUUUCAGUCAAGAGUUUUAAGAUUUGCGUCAAAGAAGUUCGUAAACAAGAAUAACAUUAAGUUGUUAAAUCCUUAGUACUCUUCGCUAUUGACCUCUUAUCAUAGCUGUUGCGACAACUCAUGUUUUGUAUUAACGUGGUAUUAUAAUGAUUUGAAAUAAACUUAAACAAGCACUGCGUAUAUUUGAUAGCUCUGAUCUGCAACAUGCACGCAAAUGAUAUCUUAAUGCAUUGAAGUGUAAGAAUAAGUUCUGUUGUCUUUUAUUAAGAUGACUUCUUGGUAUUCAGAAGUUUAAUUUUAACCUUAUUUUCCUCUUUUCGAUUAGGUGCUGAAUUUUAAACACAGGAAAAGAAAUCAUCGACAACGGUUGUAUUACCUGAAUAAAGCGGUUAAAUUGGUGGUCCUUCGUUUUACCUUCAGACUCAAUAAUACAAUUUCUUAUAAAUAGUUCAAAUUCAAAACAUUAUUAAAAAUAAUACAAUAUAAGAGACCAAUAAUACAAAUUGGCGUUUUAAAUAGAUACUUCAUCAUUAUAAUCUCAACGUUUUAAAAAAAAAACAUUAAACAAAAGAAUGCUAGAAUAACAACCAUGCCCAAGACACUCCUUUGCCCCUGUUUGUCAGUUGGUAUACCAAGUGUUCGGCAUUUUAGAUUCAUAUCUAAAGUAACU